AUGACGUCUGCACCACGUACAGUUUUUCUUAACAAACGUUCAGGUGACCAUGGUUUUGGUAUACUUAUAAAGGAAGAUAGUCAUAAUGAAAUGGAGAUAAUUGCUAUAGAACCUAAUUCACCAGCAGCAGAUGCUAAUAUACGACGUGGUGAUCGUAUUUUAGCAAUUAAUGGACAACCGGUGUCAAAAAUCUCUAACGAAAUAUUUUUUAAAAUAGCACAUAAUGCUCAAAGUUUAAUACUUUCUAUUCAAUCAUCAAAUAAUACACUUGACAUUAUUGAUGAAUCGUCAACUAAUGAUUUUGAUAAUAAUAAUAAUGAUCCAUAUUCAUCAACACAGAGUAAAAGUAGUGAUCAAAACUGUCAAAGUUAUAAUAAAGGAUUAAGUUUUGAUGACAAUUUAAAACCUAGUUCUUUGUCACCAGCAAAUAAAAAUGAAAAAGUUUUAAUAUCUGAUCAACAUUCAAUUCAACCUCAUCAUCACCGAGAAAGAUAUCAUUAUCAAUCACAAAAAAUUGAAAGAUUAACUGAUGAGGAACUAAAAGAAAAUAUUCAAUCAUCAUUUCCACGUCGACGUGCAUCAAGUAUGGAUGCAUCUCAUAUAAUUUGUAAUUCAGAAUUAUUGAAAAAAAUUAAUGAAAUGAAUGCAACAAAAGGAGACAAGUCUCUAUCAAAUAUUCAGUCAACAAUUAAUAAUGAACAACUUUGUGAAAAUGGAAUAGUCGAGCAUCCUCAAGUUUGUAUUACUGAAAGAGAACAAACAGAACGAGAAUUCAACAAUAGAUCACCAUCGAUUGAUGAUGUAAAGUUACGUGAAGUACAUUUAUCUCGUUCAUCCGGUUAUCCAGGAUAUGGUUUUACAAUAAAAUUUGAUAAACUGGACUAUAUCAUAGUUAAAAUUGAGGAUAAUAGUCCAGCUGAACAUUGUGGUCUUCAUCAAAAUGAUAUUAUACGAAAAAUAAAUAAUCAAGCAAUCGAAACGCUUGCCUUACGAAAGUUUUUUGAAAUUAUGACGUUGAGCAAUGAAAUUACUUUACUAGUUCAAACUAAUGAUGAUCACAUGCAUAUUAAUCCGAAAGUAUCACGACCAAAAACCGUCGAAUCAAAAUCUAAGGCAAUUAAUAAUCAUCCUGAGAUUCAUGGACAUGAACAUGAACGCAGAAUGCAGACAUUAAAAGCCAUCGAUGAAGUUAUCACUGGUUGUAGUGAAAAUGAAGCUGAACUCAAAAGAAUGACUUAUCGAGAUCUUGAAUCUUUAUUGUUUCGACUUCAAUUACGAAUCGCUCAGCAUGCCGUUGAUUUAACAGAUAACUAUGAAGGAAAAAUUCAAAUACUAAGUAAUGUUUAUCAUGAUCAACAAAUUCUUGUUCAAAAAGUUUUUGAUGAAAAAAUAAGACAAAGAUUAUAUACAAUCGGAAAGAGAACUGAAGAAAACACUAUAGAACAACUUCAUCUACUACUUGAAAAACAUUUUCAUACGAUCAAAGUUUAUCUUCACUAUUGUACUGAACUACAUAAAAAUGUACCUCUGACUGGUCUAACUGGUGAUAUUGUUGCUAAAAUUGCUCAGAAUUUCUAUAAAAUCUCUCCCGAAGAUAAACAUCAAUUAAAACAUAAAUGGAAAUCAUGUGAUCUUCCUCUCACCCGUACAUUUAUUCAAUUCAAACCUGAUAAAUCUACAUCAUUCAAAAGAAAUGAAUCACGACGAUUACUUAUAGGAUCAGAGAAUCACUUACUUCAAAAUGAUCAUGAUAGAACAAAAACAUAG